CAAAAAAAAAAAGAAGCCAACAACUUCAAAUCAACUAACCUUCUUCAGUCCUUCCUUACGCUACUCCUUCAAUGGCCUCCCAUUUCUAGGGUCUAACUUUGAACCUUCCCAAGCAUCCAUCAAUGGCGUCUUUAGCUCUUCACCUUAAACCCUCUCAAACUCUUCUCAGAUCCAACCUCACUUUCUCUCUCCUCUUCUCUUCAUCUUCUUCAUCUUCGUCCGACAACAACAACAACAACAGCAACAACAAUAACAAUGGCGGCGACAAGACUCAGCCUUUCUCCUCGUACUUCGCCGACAUUAAGUCGAAGCUGAAGCAACACGAAUCGCCAGGUUUGCGACAGUCGAACACUGGUUACUUCAAUCCUCAAAGUUCGUCGUUUCCGAAAAAGGCGUCAAUUGAUGAAAUCAAUAGGAAUUUGUCGGAUUUUCGCAGCCGAUCGACGGUUCCACCAAAGAAUCUGACCAGAAAUGUCGGAAACCCUAAUGAUAACACCGAGAAGAAAAAGUUGUCGAUUGCUGCGAUUAGAGAGAGUUUACUCAAAUUGAAAGGGGGAGCAGGUCAGGGUGGUGGGAAUACGAGUGCCAAUAUGUCGUUGAAUAACUAUAAGAACAUCUUUAAAAAUCAGCCGGCAAAUUUAGGAAGUGGUUAUGGUGGACGCGGCGGCGGCGGUGGUGGCAGGAAGGUGAUUGGGGGAUCGGUGGAGAACUUGCCGUUGUCAGUGUUUGGAAGGGAGAUGAAAGAGAAGGAGAUGAAGAAAGGGGAAGCAAAUGUCGACGACAAGUCUUCGGAAAUCCAGUUGUAUAGGAUAUACUCUCAUGAGGAGCUGGGGAGGAAGCUGAGGGAGCUGAGGCCUGAGGUGACGGGGAAGAAGACGGGUGGAAAGGAAGAGAAUUGGUUUUCGAUAAUGGAGUUAAAUGAAAGGUUGAAGAAGCUUAAGGUGAACGAGGAUAAAUCAAAACUAGAAGGCGAUGCUGUAUUUGUGGAGUUGAGGAAGGCCAUUGAUUCGAUCAAGGAGAAACCCAAGAGCCUUUCCUUCCACGGUGUUGGUAUGUUCGCUGAUCCAUCUAGUUUUAUGACUUCUCCUCCAAAAGAGCAUUUAGUUGAAAAGUAUUUCCAUCCAGAUAACAUGUCUGCUGAGGAGAAACUGAAGAUUGAGUUGAAAAAAAUGCGGGAUGAGUUUAAAAUGCACGAGUCAGAUUGUGGAUCAACACGUGUUCAAAUUGCACAACUUACAACAGAAAUACUUCACCUAUCUUCAGUCUUGCACAAGAAGGAUAAGCACUCUCGUCGAGGACUGCUAGCGAAGGUGCAGCAAAGGAAGAAGCUGUUGAAAUAUCUUAGAAGAACUGACUGGGAGUCCUAUUGCUUUGUUCUUUCAAAACUUGGCCUCCGUGACAAUCCUGAUUACAAGAAUUAAAACAACGUAUACAUACAUUUUGUUUCAUUAAGGGAAUAGGGCUAAUUUGCUUUUAAUCUGUGGUGGUGUUGCACCUACUUUCUAUAGUUCAAGAAGUCUGUUUUUUAUUUCGAUUUUAAGGUUCAAAUGGUAGCUGAGGUUAGAGGGAUUUGGAAGAUGGUUGCAUUUAGGAAUCGAUCGGCCGUUCCAUUUUAUUUUAUUUUAUUUAUGUAUACAGUGUAAAGCUGAAUGAAGAGCUGAAUGUAGAUUGUGGAGAAUAGCUUCUCUUAGUUUUCACAAUUUGAUGUUGAGAGAGCUUGGUAGAAGAUAAAGCUGUUUAUCUGUUUGUUUGAUUGACAUGGAAUAAAGUUCCUUUAGGAUUUUAUAGGA